AUGGCAGACGAAGCGAAGAAAGAUAUGUCUAUUGUUGAAGACAACGUUUUAGAAGUUUACGAGGUAGAGGAUGGAGCUCUCCAAGAGUGCAUGAUGUUUGUUAAAAAAUUGAGUGAGACAAGUUUGCGUGAGCUGGAAACCGAGAGGAACAAUUUAAAUGAUCUGUUAGCCGAAGCCGAAAAGGAAGUGAAUAAAUUGAAAACUUCUCUCAAGAAAGCUAAUGAGAACGUAGAGGAACUUACAUCGAAUGUGAAAGCUGAAAAAGAGCAACGCCAUAAGGUUGAAGAUCUUCUUGAAACAGUACAAACCACUGUGGAUGAGUUGAAGAUUGAAUUGAGUCGCAGUAACGACUCAGCUGAGGACCUGCAAAAGAUUACGCAGGAGAAAACGCGGGCUCUGACGGAGGCAAACGAAGUGAUUGCUAAGAUUACUGAAGAGAAGAAAGCUCUGCUAGAGGAGAUCGCAAAACUGCAGCGCUUAAGAUCCCAGGAGGAAGAAGAUACUAACGCUAUACAUCAGCGGCUACUCAAGGAACAAGAAAAAGUGUUAGUUCUUGAAGAAAAGCACGAGGAAGAAGUAUCACAAUUGAAUCAAGAGUUGACUGAAGUACAGAGUUACUUGACCUCGCUGAAAGAACAAACCGCUGCCGAGGUGGCACAGCUCAAACAGAAACUUGACCUAGAGCAAAAGAUGAACGAAAGCUUAAGCAAUGAGGCUGACAGCUGUGUUGAUGACAUCAAGAAACAGCUUGUGAAAGUCUCGCGUGAGAAUGAAGAAAUGCAAGCAAGUAAAAAAUCUCUUUCUGAUCGACUGAAUACCGCGGAAGAGGAGAUACUGAUACUGAGAAGGAAACUAAAUGAAGAAAAACAGAGGAGAGAGGAACUUUACCAACAUGACAAGGCGCAUCUUGAAGAAACAAACAGCCAGUUAGAGAAAAAGAUAUCGGACAAUGAGGUUUUGAGUGCGGAGAAGGAAGAAAUUGAAAGGAAACUUCUUUCUUUAGAGGGUGAAAAAGAAGAACUCAUAAUUCGCGCCAAGAAGUUGGAAGAAAGCAUGGAGGUUACACGAGGCGAAAUGUUAUCCCUUCAGGAAGAGUUAGAAGCCUCAAAAACUUCUCACAAGGUACCUUCUGAUCAUGAUCAUACUGAAGAAGCCGCUGACUCAUGGGCGAACAGAGUGGAAGAGGCAGAAGACUGGGAACAAAAAUACAAGGAACUUGAGAUUGAGCAAGAAGCGUUGCAGAAGCAGUUUACACAGGUCAGGAAACAUCGUAACCGGGUGCUGCGGGAGAAUGGAGGGCUACGGCGUCAGAUGUCCAUGGCAGCUGCUCAGCUUGCAGUCACCAAUCAGAAGUUUCAAAGGCAGCUUCAGCAUUUUCGCACGCAGCUAAACAUGGCUGAACAUUUGUAUCGUGAAAAGAUGUUGGAAUGCAGUAUUCUUGAAGUGCAACUUAAGCAUCUUCUGAAGUCCUCUAAUUCUUCCCAACAAAGUUAUGAUUAUUCCAGCAGCAACUCCGAAGACCAAUCGCGUGAAUACAUCAACCGAUCCAUUAACUUUGGUCGCCGUCACGACUUCUCAGUUUCCCGCCCUGUGCAGCGUUCACGCGAUGACAAUAUGAGGCACGUGCAUUACGCGGGAAGACAGCAGCAUCCGUUCAAGAACGUGACACAACAGAAACGCGUUCUACCGACCCAACCCGAUAUCCAGCAAAUUGAAGACGUCACUGUUGAUGGCAGCGCAAAUGGUGUGGAAGAGGAGUGUAACUUGCCAGAUAAUUGUACACCAGAGUAUUCUGAGGAGCCUGUUGAAAGCAUCAGUGAUCCCGAGACUCCUACGCCUACUGACUUGGCAGCUUAG